AUGCACUCCCCCAAGAAAAAAAAAAUAUCUCUAGCAAUACAUACCAAACUGAGCAUGUGCAGAGUGACUCCAAGUCUCUGUUCUAUCAGGAGAUAUAUCGGGGACAAUAGAAGAAGGGGAGGUUUAGAGAAGAGAGGAUCAAACAUAUUUUUUACACAAUGUGGAGGAUUAACCCCUUAAGUUUCACAGUGAGUAUAACAAGCAUGCUUUACUCCUAGGGGUGGACUGACAACUCAUGAGGCCCCCAGGCAACAGGGGGUCAUGGGGUCCCUGUGUCCUUGCCCAUACCCAAAAAAGCCUAU